CAGAGACAUAAUAUGGCGGGAAAUGUGACGUAGCAUGUAAACAAAAAUAAUGUCAGGUGUCGGCGAAAACGAAAAACAGUGCAGUAGAGAAGCUGGGCGAUUGAAUGAGGUAUUACCAGUUAAUCUGCAACCUGAUGAUGUUGAGAAGUAUCCAGAAUUUAUAAAACUCUUGACAAUAUUAACAAAAUAUAUAAACCCACAAUGCAUUACAGUGGAAACAGAGAAAGAUUUGAAACAGUCUAAAGAAAUAUUACAUCAUGCAAAGCAUACAUGGUUAUUAAAUCAAGUAUUGUACCAUGAAGUGAAAGAAUUAAUACUGGAAUAUAAAAUUAAAGGUCAAGAUGUAUCUCUUUGUUCUGAUGAUAAAAAGUUUGUAGAGAUUCUUCACAAAUGUUUAAAUUAUAAAGAAAUUGUUCAUUAUCUGGAUUUUAGCCCUGAUCCUAGUGUUAAAGCUACAUUACUCGGUCUCACAAAUGAAGAUGUUCACAGACAUAAUCCUUAUAAAAAGCACAUCACUAGCCUUCAGCUUCGAUUAAUACCAGAAAUAGAGGACAGAUUAAGAAAGAAAUGUGAAGAUUUGGUACACUAUGAAGAUCCCAAUAGUUAUUCGGAGGGUAGUAGAUUAACUUUAGCAAAAGCUUCGCAAUUGCCAGCUACUGUAGAAAUUUUGAAAAAAAAGUUAGAAGAUGAAGAAAAAUUAUUAAAACAGGACCGUAUUCGUAGAGAAAAACAGUUCUGGGUUUAUUAUCAGUCUUUGGUAGAUGCCCUAUUUCUGUUAGAGAAGUUGAUUCAAGAUUAUCGGCUACAAGAGCAAACAGAAAGUGACAGAAUAACAAGUAAAUGGUUGAAAGCUAGAUGUGAUACUAUGUCCCUUAAAAUAAGACUAAUUCAACUGCAGGUUUUGUGUGAUACCUAUUCUUCAGAAACAGUUAAAGCUUUAGGAAUUAUCAAGAAACAUGUUGAAGAAACCACAGAUAUUGCAGAGAAAGAUUUAUCAAGAAUCAGUCAGGCUUUAACUGCCUAUGAUUCAGUUGGAAUGGGAUUUGAAAAUCUAGUUGAUGAAUACAGUAAAUUACGUAGUGAACUAGAAAAUAAACGUUGGGCAAUGACAGAAUUACAACACAGUGUAAAUUAAUAUGGAGUUAAGCAAUAUAAAAUAUUUAUUGACUUGUU